GUCGUAAACUCGAGUAGUAAAAUGAAUGUUUACUACACAACCACUGACAGCGGACAGGUUGGUUACCAAGAUAACAAAACAGCAAAAAUGGCCUGGAAAGCGGGAAAAAAGCAAUAAUGCUUAAAGUAAGUGGCUAAAUUGGACGUUUUCUUUACUGAAAUGAGCCUUCCUGGAAAUUUGGUUAAGCGGAGUCACUGGGCCAAAUUAUGCUGGCGGUCGAGCAACCCCGAGUCAGUUGAACGACUCCGACUGUAUCGGUGCUGUUGUUGACACCAUGGAACAGGAGAUAGAACAGCAAAUUUCGGACCCAGAAAUAUUCAAUUUUGACGAUCUUUGGGUAAAAUGCCUUCAAGCUCUUCGUAAAAAAGUUUCCAUCAGUGAAGCGGCGUUAAGCCGGUUGAAGCUGUUCCGAGAGGGAAACAUGGGCCUUCUGCAUGAGACAAAAGGAAUUGGAGAAUUGGAACCCGGUUGUAUAGAGAAACUUCGUUUGUUAACACUGUUGGACAUUGCGAUCGCAAAGACUGGCAAUUAUUUAACGUAUGAAGACAUUUGUCAGCACCUGAAAUUAGAAAUUAAGGGUAAUGAGAACGACUUCCGUGUGUACACUGUCGAAAAAUACAUCCUUAAAGCCAUGGGAUUGGAUUUGCUAGAUGGCAAACUUGAUACUCCUAGUCAAAGAUUUUACGUCACGUUUGCAGCUGAACGGAGAAUGGACGAGGCAAGACUGCUGGAGAUGCAACGUACAUUAGACAGAUUUAUCGAAAAGUGUAUGAAUGUCUUGGACGAACAAGGGAUCGGUUCAAAGCGUGCAACUCCAGCCGAAGAUAUACCAGACCCAGCGGACAAACGUGUCCGUGCAAAUGAGAUGGACUCCUAAAAAGGGAGAAGAUUUACGGUUUGGAAAUUUCAUUUCCUUGUUCAUUCGACAUCUCUCUUAAUGAUAAAUGUAAGCCGUGUCCCCCAGUUUACUAAGCAUUAAGUCAAUUUCCUUCGGACCUUUUUUCAUAGUAACACAAAUCUCAUCAAAAUGAUGUUGUCCAUCAAGGAGUGAAGCGAGUUUGCUUUCUUCAGGCGUUAAUGCUGCCGUAUUAACUUGCUUACCAAGGAUAGGGUAUUUGUGAACACGGUACACGAAGCCCUUGAUGAUUCCAAACGAAAUGAGCCGCCGGACAUCGAGCCCAUGGAACUUUUCUCUGUUUUCACUCAUCCAAUCCUUCACCCGUACGCCAUGUCUUAAGGAGGUAUAUAAGGAGAAGAUUUGGGAAAACGUUGUGGAAGCUACUCGCGCACUAUUGCCUGAAACAACAUACGAAACGCACUCCUUUUGGAAGUUAGGAUCUUGCAUUAAGUUGGGAACGUUCGUUGUCAUUGCAUAGAUGUUGUGAAACUGAAAUAUAUCGGUGAUAAUCAGACAACCGUAAUACAUUAAAUGUUCCAUGCAGCGACAGCAGUUAUUAAAACUAACGUUAGCUAGUUCUGCAACACGCUGUACCGAAUUAAUUCCAUUAAUGAAAGGGUAAACCUGCUCUUGUUAGUAAACAGUGAAGCGGACAAACGAGAAGUGGAACUGGUAUAUACCUUUUGGAUUGUCAUAUCCCAGUUCUUGUCCAUAAGAGUAUCAAGUUGGACAGUGAGGAUGGGAACGUGAAAGCCCUUUACAGUCGGGGGAGAGGGAAAAACAGGAAAGAGUUUAAUGUUGAUAGAAUUUUGUGGAUCUAAUUGAAUCAUGCAUUCGCUGAAAUUGUUUAAAUCUUCCAGCAAUUGUUCCAUCACACUCAUGAUAAUUGGCCGCUUGGAAAGGUCGGACACAUACUGAUUUUGUUGUUCGAGCACCUUAAGAUUGCGAGACAGGCGUUUCACAAUAGGAAUAUAGCUGCUUACGUUCUCGUCUUCAUGGAAAAUCAUGCACAUAUUGAAAAUAAGAGCAUUUCGCUCGUAAUGAUUACCGACUAAGGACACCGGGUGCCCAAUGAUGCGGUAGCCCCCCGUAGCUACUGUUAUCGUUUUGUUGCAGAUUUCGGGCUUGGGAAUCACAUACUCGGAAAUUGAAUCAAAGGGAACUAGCAGCUCUUUUCCUUCGCUGCCAUCAGAUUCCGUAACAGAGCCGGGGGGAGACUCAAUAGCUACCCAUGGACCCUGUAAAGGAUCAAACAGGCUGAAGAAAAUGGCGAGUAGUCUCGGAGGAAAACUAUCCGUCUGGUCCAUCCAAAAUGCCUCACUGUUGUCCAUUUUCAUAGUAUCCAAGAGGCUUUAACAAGGUGCAAACUGAAAAUCACAAAAAAGUGGAUUAUGUAACUCAAAACAGAAACAAAGUAUGCAAUCUCAAAAAAAAAACCUGGUUUUUGAUUUAAUAACGAGGACUUUUUUGAGUAAUGCACGGGAACAUUAGACAAGGAGUAUGUCUGAAAAGUGCUUAUCUCACGAAGAACAGCAAACGCACCAAAAACACGGUUCUUAGCGUCGAUAAAGUGUAAAAUAAUGAAUUUCUUUUUUCUAGAUGUC